AUGAAAAUGGAGUGGACACCGCAAGAAGAUGGUUUAAGAGAAAUUUUAACGUUAUUACGGGAGUCGCAAUCACCGGACACAGCAACUCAAAGAGCUGUUCAGCAAAAACUUGAAGAACUCAACAAAUACCCUGACUUCAACAACUAUUUAAUGUUUGUUCUCACAAAACUGACCACUGAAGAUGAACCGACAAGAUCACUGAGUGGUCUAAUAUUAAAAAACAAUGUCAAAUCACACUACACAAAUUUGGUACCCAACGUUACAAAUUUCAUUAAGACUGAAUGCUUGCAAGCAGUGGGAGACCCCUCACCCCUAAUUCGUGCAACAAUAGGAAUUUUAAUUACCACAAUAGCAAGCAAAGGUGAUCUCGCCGCUUGGCCGGAACUUUUACCGGCACUAUGCAACAUGCUGGACUCGAGGGACUACAACAUCUGCGAGGGGGCUUUCGGGGCUCUACAGAAAAUUUGCGAGGACUCGGCAGAAAACCUUGAUGCUGACACCAAAACUAGGCCUUUAAAUAUACUUAUACCCAAGUUUUUGCAAUUUUUUAAUCACUCCAGUUCCAAGAUUAGGUCCUAUGCCAUCGGAUGCGUUAAUCAGUUCAUAGUGCAGAGAUCACAGGCACUCAUGGUCCACAUGGAUUUAUUUUUACAGAACCUAUUUCUAGUAGCAACAGAUGAAGAUGCUGAAGUGCGAAAAAACGUAUGUCGAGCCCUGGUGAUGCUCUUGGAGGUUCGAAUGGAUAGGCUGCUGCCUCAAAUCGACAACAUUAUAGAGUACAUGUUGCUGAGGACUCAAGACCCCGACGAAGGCGUAGCUUUGGAGGCGUGCGAAUUUUGGCUGUCCCUUGCAGAACAGCCAAUUUGUCGAGAAGUGUUGGGACAAUCGCUCAACAGAUUAGUACCUGUAUUAGUGAGAGGGAUGAAGUACUCCGAAAUCGAUAUCAUACUGCUUAAGGGUGACGUGGAAGAGGACGAUAAUGUUCCUGAUAAGGACGAGGAUAUAAGGCCGCGUUUCCACAAGUCAAAAACGCACACCGUUAAGGCGACCUUAAACAGCAACAACGAAAAUGGGGAGAAAGAUGACGAUGACGAUGGCGAUGACGUCGAUGACGACGGUUCCCUGUCCGAUUGGAAUUUGCGGAAGUGCAGCGCCGCCGCGUUGGACGUGUUGGCGAACGUGUUUAGAGACGAUUUGCUGCCGAUUUUGAUACCGAUUUUGAAGGAGACCUUGUUUCACGCCGAGUGGGAUAUAAAAGAGUCCGGCAUAUUGGCGUUGGGCGCCAUAGCCGAGGGCUGCAUGUCGGGGAUGAUCAGCCACCUGCCGGAGCUGAUACCGUACUUGAUAAACUGUUUGAACGACAAAAAGGCGCUGGUGAGGGCGAUCACGUGUUGGACUUUGAGCAGGUACGCGCAUUGGGUGGUGUCGCAGCCGCACGAGUCCUACUUGAAGCCGCUGAUGACCGAGCUGCUAAAACGCAUUCUGGACGGCAAUAAGCGCGUACAGGAGGCGGCCUGUUCGGCGUUCGCGACGCUGGAAGAGGAGGCUUGCACGGAGUUAGUGCCUUACUUGGGUUUCAUACUGGAAACUUUAGUGUUCGCCUUCUCGAAGUAUCAACACAAAAACUUACUCAUACUCUACGAUGCCAUUGGCACGCUGGCCGACUCGGUGGGGCAUCACCUAAACAAACCGGAUUUUAUAAAUCUAUUGAUGCCCCCGCUGAUACACAAAUGGAAUGUCCUCAAGGACGAAGAUAAGGAUUUGUUUCCCCUACUGGAAUGUUUAUCCAGUGUGGCUACGGCUUUACAAUCCGGUUUUUUGCCUUACUGUGAACCUGUCUACUGUCGCUGCGUUUCACUCGUACAACACACGUUAUGCUUGCACAUGGCCAAUAUGCAACACCCCGACCAAUAUGAAGCCCCAGACAAAGACUUCAUGAUAGUGGCUUUGGACUUGCUGUCAGGCUUGGCGGAGGGUCUAAAUGGACACAUUGAAAAACUUGUCGAAGCCAGUAACAUCAUGCAAUUGCUGCACCUUUGUAUGCAAGAUUCGAUGCCGGAAGUGCGACAAUCAUCUUUUGCUUUGCUAGGCGAUUUGACGAAAGCGUGUUUUCAACACGUUUCCCCGCAUAUAUCUGACUUUUUGCCUAUAUUAGGUCAAAAUUUGAACCCUGAACACAUCUCUGUGUGCAAUAAUGCUACAUGGGCCAUCGGCGAAAUUAGUAUAAAAUUGGGUGCUGAAACUGCCCCUUAUAUACCUUUAGUUCUAAAUCAAUUAAUAGAAAUAAUUAACAAACCCAACACACCUAAAACUCUACUGGAAAAUACAGCCAUUACAAUUGGUCGUCUGGGUUAUGUAUGCCCUCAUGAUGUCGCUCCCAUGUUACAUCAGUUUGUAAGACAGUGGUGCAUAUCUCUGCGCAACAUAAGGGACAACGACGAAAAAGACAGCGCUUUUAGAGGGAUGUGCCAAAUGAUACAAGUCAACCCUGCCGGGGUGGUGGCCGAUUUCAUAUUCUUCUGCGACGCCGUAGCAUCGUGGAUUAACCCGAAAAACGACCUCAAAGAAGUUUUUAUUAAGAUUCUUCAUAGUUUUAAAACACAAGUAGGCGAGGAAAAUUGGAGGAGGUUCAGCGACCAAUUUCCUCCUCAACUAAGUGAAAGACUAACUCAAUUAUACGGAAUAUGA